AUGGCCAUCAUACGAAAAACCCACCCUUUAGCCAAAAUCAUUAAUAGCGCAUUUAUUGACCUACCAGCACCAUCAAAUAUCUCUUCAUGAUGAAAUAUGGGAUCUCUUCUAGGACUAUGUCUAAUUGUACAAAUUAUUACAGGAUUAUUCCUGGCAAUACAUUAUAUUUCAGAUAUUAACUUGGCCUUUUCAUCCGUGGCUCACAUUUGCCGAGACGUUAAUUACGGCUGACUUAUUCGCAACAUUCAUGCUAACAGCGCAUCUCUAUUUUUUAUCUGUAUUUACCUACACAUUGCACGCGGCCUAUAUUAUGGUUCGUAUUUAUAUAUAGAAACAUGAAAUGUAGGAGUUAUCCUAUUACUUCUGACUAUAAUAACCGCAUUCGUGGGGUAUGUAUUACCUUGAGGCCAAAUAUCAUUCUGAGGUGCAACUGUCAUUACAAACUUAUUAUCAGCAGUUCCUUAUAUCGGAGAUACCUUAGUUCAGUGAAUUUGAGGGGGGUUUUCCGUAGACAAACCAACAUUAACUCGAUUUUUUGCUUUCCAUUUUAUCCUGCCAUUUGCAAUUGCAGGAGCAUCCUUAGUCCACAUCUUAUUCCUCCACGAAACGGGCUCUAAUAACCCACUAGGAAUUAAUUCAAACGCAGAUAAAAUCCCGUUCCACCCAUAUUAUACAUAUAAAGACCUUCUAGGAUUUAUUAUCUUAUUACUAAUUAUUUUAAUAUUAGCCCUACUCUCCCCCAACUUACUAAACGACCCAGAAAAUUUUACACCGGCCAACCCCCUAGUAACCCCACCUCAUAUUAAACCAGAAUGAUAUUUUCUAUUUGCCUACGCUAUUCUACGCUCAAUUCCAAAUAAACUAGGAGGAGUAUUAGCCCUGCUAUUCUCUAUUAUUGUAUUAAUAUUUGUACCAUUUUUACACACUGCAAAAAUUCGAACUUCCACAUUUCGCCCUCUAUUUAAAAUUACAUUAUGAAUUCUAGCCGCUGAUGUUAUAAUCUUAACAUGAAUUGGAGGACAGCCAGUAGAAGAUCCUUACAUUAUAAUUGGACAAGUGGCUUCAGUACUUUACUUUACUAUCUUCCUAGUAUUUAUACCAGUAUCCGGUUGAAUUGAAAACAAAAUAAUGAACCGCAACU